UUUUUGGCCAUUGGUCCUUCUAUGUAUUCUCUGUGUUCAGUACAUGUAUCAUCAGCCCCUCCAAGUACGAAAAAUCUUCGAUGCCACCAUCCUUCUACAAGAGUCUCAACGACCCUCCUGAUUCCUUGGAUGAUCCUGGUGAAAGUGGCGGUGGAAGAUUUGGGUUCUUCUCUUUUUGGGGUUGUUGGAAUGCUGGACGCAGAGAAUUGCGAGUGGAAGGAGAAAGGAGGAGCCGCCCUCGCUAUCUACUGGGAUGGGUGUUCUGUGCGGUUGUGGUAUUGUUGGUGAUUAUCAUUCCGGUAUCACUCUCGUCGUCUCGGGGAAAUCAGAGCUCUUCGGGAAUCCAAGAAAAUCCAGACCUGGAUCAAGAUACCGUUGGUGCCGAAUUCACACCUGAUCCUUCGCCUGCACCGUUCCUCUCCUCCAGCAGAUUCCCAACUUUCGCCCCUGCUAGUACAACGGGAGCUUCUUCCAGCCAGGCCCCUACGUUGUGUAUUGGAAGAAGCAAGCCAUUGACCUUCUUGUCGUCAACCUUGUUUUGGGGGUGCGGGAAUGACGCGACAGUGCCUGAUGAGAAUACAGAGAACCAGCCAACAGCUAUGCCUGUCACAACAUCUCCAACAUUUCAACCUAACAAUCAAGGAUUCCUGAUAGAAUCUACAACGUUACACCCAACGUUACACCCAACUCUCAGACCUUCGACGAAUGAAAUCAUGACACACUUUCCCACCUUUAAACCUAUUGACGAAACACUACCCCCUACUCCCAAACCAACACUGAGCCCUUCCCAGGCGCCAACAUCUGGUCCCACAGGAAAGCCAACUCUUAGCCCAACCUUCUCACCCACACUCAUUCCUACUUUCUCGCCAAGCACUUCGCCCACUUCGUUGCCGCCUUCCGAAGUAAUCGACACAUCUCCCCCAAGUGUGUCGCCAUCAGGAAUUCAAACGCCAUCUCCGACCCCACAACCUACAACAAAAUCGCCCACAUGGACACCAACAUUUGCUCCAACAACAUCGCCAAUAUGGACGCCAACGGAUGCACCAACAUUUGAGCCUCUCCAAGAAGAAUACAUUCCGGGUCUUUUGGUCAAUCAACGGGAAGGACUGCUGUUGUCGUCCGGUCUGACAGCACGCGUCAUUGCCGUGACAGGUAGUCCCGUCAUAUACGACAGUCCUCUCGCUCCUCGAUUAGCCAACAACAACAAAAAUAAUGAUCGACAACUCGAGUCGGAGGUGGUCUUUCAUGAUUGGCCGGAUGGUGGAGCCGUCUUUGCCGACACCAACACGAGCGGGAAUCCCGGGGGGUGGAUCUAUGUGUCCAAUUCGGAACACGACGAUGAGGGUGAAGGUGGUGUGGGCGCCAUUACCUUUGACCAGCACGGGCUCGUCGUCAAGUAUGAACGAGUAUUGGAAGGGACUACAAUGAAUUGUGGUGGGGGACGGACACCAUGGCACUCGUGGAUUUCUUGCGAAGAAUACGGGGAUGGAGAUGGCAACAUUUACCAGGUGGAUCCCGCAGGCAUACGACCACCGGAAAAACUGACUCUGGGAAUGGAAGGGGGCGAUUGGGAAGCCUUUGCGUAUGAUGUACGAAAUCGAGAGCUGCCAUACUUCUUUGUCACCGAAGACACGAGCGACGGUGCCCUGCAGCGUUUCCUGCCCGAACUAGUCGAUUGGGACCGCGAUCCUUGGAAGAUGCUCCAUGGCAAUGGUACGGUGGAGUACCUCGUCCUAACGCCAAGCUUUCUGGACGGCUCCACGGGAACCUUUCGGUGGACAACCAAUCGAGAAGAGGCGCAGGAGAACGCCAAUGAUAUAUACCCCAACACAGAGGGGAUCGAUGUGCACAACGGAAUCAUGUACUUUGUCUGCAAGGAAAUCAAAAUGAUGUUCCAGCUGGACCUGGACGCAUUUGUUUACACCCGUCGGUCAACCGAAUCGGGGGCUUUCAGUGGCGAACCCGAUCAACUGCGAAGGAUAAUCACAACGGGAGAAGAGGGAGAGCAAGAUAGGAAUAAUAAUCACUUUCUCUUUUUCACGGAAGAUGGAGGUGAUGCAGCAGGGAUCCACGGCCGUGACGAGACCGGAUUGUUCUUCACAGUGCUUGAGAGCACCGAAUACAGCGAUGAAACAACUGGAUUGGCCUUCACUCCAGACUACACCCAUCUCUACAUUGCCUACCAAAACGAUGGUAUCCUGUUUGAUAUCACACGCAUUGAUGGGCAACCGUUUCAUGCCAAGUCUUUGAACAUCAAGUACCAUGCUACCGGUACAACAUGACACACCUAACCAUACGAGAAUUACAGCUACAUCUUGGCUGGGCACGUACGGUACCGAAGCUUAUCACGGCAAAAGCAUCAUGCGAAGGCCACAUGUACCGGUACCAUGCUAAGUUGCCCUUCAUGGCUGCUGGCUAUCAUCUUGCUUCUAAAAAUCGAAGUCGUGCACAGCGUCCGCGGGGCUGUAUCGAGAAGGAACAAUGGGGUGACCUGCAACUACCUUCUUUAUAUCUUUAUCGGCUGCGGGGUUCAUUUCGGGGUGCAUAGUGGAUAGUGUCUUCUCAAUGACCAAGGGAAUUGACCCUGGCAAACUUCUUGCAUCAAUCGAUGACAACUCCUUUAUCGGUCAAUUUCGUAGCCACUAAAUGUAGCUAGCUAUUUCAAGGAUAGGCAGGUCCCCCAACCGAAUUAAGUUAGCUACCGGCAGCCAGCCAUCCACAGCAAGCUCUAGCUGUACUGCAGUAGCAGUCACAUCACGUGUACCGUGUACAUAUACCGGUACCGUUGCAAAACAGCAAGACUGCCAACUCAGUUCGUGGUUCUUGGGGGUUCCUCGAUUGAUUUCGGAUUUUUAAUUAAGGAUGUCACAGCCUCUUCGUAAUCUUAACACCAAGGACUUCAAAAUUGCUCGAUAGCAGCACGCAAGAAUCUCAUCUCAUCACACAACAUGGUGUCUAUUUUAUGUGCUGUUGCACCCAUUCUAAGCAGGUUUCUCCCAUUAGAUGCCAUAUUCCAUCU